UAGUCAUGGAGGUGAUUGGAAUGUCUUGGAGGUCAACAAUAGGGAUUGCGUUUUGUUUCCCGUUUUCCAUUGGAUACAUCAUGCUGGCGGGAAUGGCGUGGGCACUGAGGGACUGGUGGAAGCUACAGAUCUGCAUUUCAAUCCCAACUGUCAUAUUCUUCGGAUUCUACUGGAUAUUGCCGGAGUCUCCCCGCUGGUUGUUAUCCAAAGGCAGGGUUUUACAAGCUGAAGAAAUUUUAAGGAAGGCCAAAAAGGAAAACAGAAUGCUGGACACCAAGGAUGUAUCCAUCCCAGGUUCCCCAGGUGGCGCUGCGACAGAAUUGCUUUCCGUGGAACAGCCUACUUCAAAAUGCAUCCUCGACCCCUGCCAUGUCCUCAGCAACGAAUCCGUAAAUGAAACCUCUGUUGGAGGCUUCACCGUCACCAGCAAUGGCAACAUUGUGAUGGACGAAAAGCCACCGGCAACAGGAGCGACAAUGAACGGGACAAAUGCACCAGCAUCAGCCGAUAGUGACGAGAAUGGCACCCCUGGAGAGGCGGGAUCUGGUGGGGAACCAAGGAAACACACUGCCUUGGACUUGUUUCGAGUGUCGCACAUGCGAAAGGUCAUGUUCAAUGUGUUCCUGUGUUGGUUCGUCAACGCCUUUGUCUAUUAUGGCCUCUCGCUCAACUCUGCCAAUCUUGGAGGCAACGUCUUCCUCAAUUUCGCACUUUCGGGUGCCAUUGAAAUUCCUGCGUAUGCGUUGAGCAUCAUCGUGAUGCUCAAAUUCGCCGGAAGGAGACUCUUAAUUUCCGUCGCCAUGGUUUCCGGAGGAGCAGCUUGUGCACUUAUUGCUUUCAUCCCUCGAGGACAAUUCGCCAAUGAUUGGCCAGUCACAGCCUUGUCAACAGUGGGCAAAUUUGGCAUUUCUGCCUCGUUCGCUCUCAUUUAUUUGUUCACUGCGGAACUCAUUCCGACGGUCGUGAGGAAUGUUGGCGUUGGAUUGUCUUCAACUUUUGCGAGGAUCGGAUCAAUUCUGGCCCCUUUCCUCUUGUUACUCGGUGACAAGAAAACGGGGGAUUUCACGUAUCCCAUGGUAAUUUGCGGGAUUCUGUCGAUUGUCAGUGGGUGUUUGGUGUGGCUCCUGCCAGAAACUGCAAGACAACCGAUGCCGGACACAUUCGAGCAAGCUAAGCGUCAGUCGCAAUCCAGCAAGAAAAGAGCAAGUUCGAGUUCGUAGGAGCUUUUUGCGAGUCGUCCUUCAGCAAAGGGGACCAAAAGCCGCCAAAAAUCGGCUUCACCAGUUGACCAAAGGAUUGCCGAAAUAUUGAGAAUAGCUGCUCAACUGAAAACUAAAGAAGCCAUGAAGCUGAAAUCCAAAACUGGGGAUUUUUGUUGUUGAAGACGCAAUCGGUUUACAAUUUGUAAAUGGAAUUUUUGUCGCGUGAGAAGCAGCACAAAAGAUUGAGUGAGAAACACGCUGUUUUUUUCCAAAUACGGAAUGAAAGUAUUUUUUAGCAUAACAUAAUGCGUUAUUUAUGAAACGCGUACGCCAUGUUUUCUCCAUCAUUUUUUUCGGCACGAAAUGAAUAAAGUUUUCUUGGUUAUAUACAAA